AUGGCAGUAGCGGAUUUACUUGUCGUUGUAUUUCAAGUAAUUCUCAUCAACUUAAUUUCUGGAUUUCCCCCUCCCAAAUGCAACAUCAUAUAUUCUGCUGGUUACAUGUCCGUGGCUUGCUCCGUCUGGCUCACUGUUGCCUUCACCUUUGACCGUACGGUGGCCAUUUGCUUCGAGAAGCUGAAGACAAGAUACUGCACUGAGAAAGGUGCAGCCAUCGUUAUUGCAGUGGUGAGUUUGCUAAGUGUGUUAACCAACAUCCCCUGGUACUUCACGUACCGGUCACAUUCCUGCAGCCCAUCAUUUGAGUUUGCCUAUUCUCCGGUGUGGGCAGUCUUUGACUGGGGGCACCGCAUUUUAACACCAAUCGUCCCCUUCGUGCUGAUCCUGCUGCUCAAUGCUGUCACUGUCAGGCACAUCCUGAUGGCCAGUGUAGUCCGCAGGAAACUGAGGGGGCAGCAGAGCGGGGAGAGAAAGGACGACCCGGAGAUAAAGAAUCGAAGGAGAUCCGUCAUUUUGCUCUCCACCAUAUCGGCCAGUUUUAUCCUGUUAUGGGUGACACGGGUGGUUAGUCUAUCAAUUCUGCAAAUUACUGGACGGUAUGUGGCACGGUUUGUGUCUGACGUUGUGGUUGACCGCAUAGGAACAAUGCUUCAGUUAUUCAGCUCCUGCACCAACAUGUUUAUUUAUGCGGUCACUCAGAGGAAGUUCCGGGAGGAGGUGACAAAUAUCGUGAAUUAUCCCUUUAAGGCCAUCCUGAAGUUCAUUAAAGGUUAUGGAGAGAGCUGA